AUGAUGGGGGCGUCCAGUGUCAUCUGGGUUCCCUUGUCGAAUGUCUUUGGGCGCCGGAUCGUUCUCGUCGUUGCUCCGCUUAUCAUGACGCUCUGUAGCAUGUGGUGCGCUCUUGCAACGAGAUUCAAUAGUAUCCUAGCUGCGAGAGAAUUGCAAGGUUUUGGCGCAGCCCCGGCAGACACUGUUGCUCCCCGGGUUGUGGGUGAGAUAUUCUUCGUGCACCAGCAUGGAUGUGCCAUGGCUGUCUAUACGUUGUUCCUUUUGGGCGGAAUAUCCUUGGGAGGGUUUGUUGGGGGCUAUAUUGCCUCCAAUCUGGGGUACAAGUACAACUUCUGGGUUUCAACAGCACUGUCCGGCGCUGUCUUCGCGAUCAAUUUGCUGCUCAUACCAGAGACGCUCUUUGAUCAGGGGAAAUACAUGGAUACCAACCGUCGUCGGAAUCACGAAGGCAUUGACGCAGAUGAAGCCAGUUCCACCAAGCCUGAGACCGUCUCGCCGUCCAGGUUGACCUCUAGCCAGCCGCUGACAUUUGGCCAGUCCUUAAAGACAGGAGUCUACCGCGGCAGUCUAUUAAAACAACUGAUUGCGCCAUGGCUCACCCUUCGGUUCCCCGGGACGUGGAUGGUGAUGCUUCAUUAUGGUGGGCUACUCGGCGGCUUCGUCAGCAUGGCUACAGUCGCUCCAGAGCUGCUCGCAAAGCCACCGUACCUCUGGGGGGCCAAUGUCGACCUCUUCAGCCUGUCUGGCAUCGUUGGGCUGGGCAUUGGGGCUGUUGCCACCUACCUAGUGGCCGAUCUGUUGAUUCUAACCAAAGCUAAGCAUGACAGGCGUGGAUUAUAUGAACCCGAAGAUCGUCUGCUCACGCUCGUUCCCGCGCUUUUCCUGGCCACCUUUGGCAUCCUCGUGUUUGGUCUUUGUGCAGAGAAUCCUGGCCCGCUCACCUGGGGUGGUGGACUGGUCAUUGGAUGCGGUAUGCUGGCCUUUGGGCUGAUCCAGAUUCCAUCGGUUGGUUUCAACUAUCUAGUAGAGUCGUACACGGCUGUAAGUGCCCAUUGCUUCGUCAUGGUAACCCUUCUUCGAGCGAUUAUUUCCUUUGCCUGGACGUUCUUCGUAGGAGACUGGGUGGCCAGUGCGGGUGCAGUGCUUCCUUUUGGCAUUGUCACAAUGCUCAUGGGCGUCUUUUCCCUGCUUUUCAUUCCUGCCUGGCUGUUUGGGAAGAGGUUUAGGAUCGCCACAGCGCAAUAUCUUCCGGAGCCUGGGCAUCACUGA